AUGCGCGCGUCACCGAAAGCCAACUUAAACAACGACCAGCGCCAAAGCGUUCUCCACCUGCUCCUGGUGUGCCUUCGGGAAGGCAAAUUGCCUCACGGCUCGUUUCAGUUUGUCGCUGGGAAGUUCGGCGUCACUCGCUCCACGAUACGCUUGAUCUGGCUACGCGCACAGGUCGACUUGAACAAUGUCCAGCGCAUCUGCGAAAGCGUAGCGUUACAAAAGUACUCCAGCUACGUCAAGCCCGCGCUGACGGAUGCCAACAAGUCGCUGCACUUCAAGAACCUGAUGGACACCGUCCACAUCGAUGAGAAGUGGUUCUACAUGACGCGCAUCAAGCGCAUGUUCUACUUGGCUCCUGGGGAGAAGCCGCCUCAUCGGAAGUGCAAGUCCAAACGCUUCAUCACGAAGGUGAUGAUUUUGUCGGCUGUGGCGCGUCCGCGGUGGAACAACAACACCGGCGAGUGGUUCGACGGGAAGCUCAGGACAUGGCACUUCACCGAGAUGGCUCCUGCAAUGCGCUCCAGUCGCAAUCGUCCUGCAGGCACGAUGGAGUUGAAGACGAAGAACGUCGACAAGACAGCGUACCGUUAA